GCUCCAUAUCCCACCGGCCGGGAGAUGCUCACAUCAUCAGUGACCUUCAGCCUCCGGUGUAGGUGACAGGCGGUGACGUCACGGGAGGACGUGCGGAGUUAAAGCUCCCAGAGGCGGCGGAGCAGCGGGGAGACGAGCGGCGCCUUCUGCACCAGGUGGACAGAAUAGUGCACCAUGGGAGCGGUGGUUAUAGAUGACAAUCCGUCCACAGUCAAGGCUCCGGAUGGUGGUUGGGGAUGGGCCGUUCUCUUUGGCUGUUUUGUCAUCACCGGAUUCUCCUACGCUUUCCCGAAAGCAGUCAGUGUAUUCUUCAAGGAGCUCAUCAGAGAGUUUGGCAUUGGUUACAGUGACACGGCAUGGAUAUCCUCUAUCCUACUGGCUAUGCUCUAUGGAACAGGUCCUCUCUGUAGUAUCUGUGUGAACCGGUUUGGGUGCCGGCCAGUAAUGAUGGUUGGUGGUCUAUUUGCCUCAUUUGGGAUGGUGUGUGCAUCGUUUUGUACAAACAUCAUAGCAAUCUACUUCACAGCCGGAGUCGUCACAGGCCUCGGACUGGCAUUGAAUUUCCAGCCUUCACUCAUCAUGUUAAAUCGAUACUUUGACAAACGCCGUCCACUGGCCAAUGGAUUGGCGGCUGCUGGAAGCCCGGUGUUCCUUUGUGCCCUGUCUCCUUUAGGGCAGAUUCUCCAGCAUGAGUUUGGCUGGCGAGGAGGCUUUCUUAUAUUAGGAGGCCUGCUCCUUAACUGCUGUGCAUGUGGUGCCCUGAUGAGGCCACUAGAACCACCAAAUAAACAAAAAGAAGAGACCAAAGAAGUAGUAAAGCCCAAACCUAAAAAACUGCUUGACUUCUCUGUGUUCAAGGACCGUGGAUUUGUUAUCUACACUAUAGCUGCUUCUAUUAUGGUUCUAGGGCUUUUUGUACCUCCGGUAUUUGUGGUGAGCUAUGCAAAAGACCUUGGGAAUGAAGAUACAAAAGCCUCUUUCCUUCUCUCCAUUCUUGGGUUUGUUGACAUCUUUGCACGGCCCACCUGUGGUAUCAUCGCUGGGCUGAAAUGGGUUCGACCACGCUGCGUCUACCUGCUCGGCUUCGCCAUGAUCUUUAACGGAUUCACUGAUCUGAUGGGAUCCAUGGCGGACACAUACGCAGGCCUGGUGGUGUUCUGCAUCUUUUUUGGAAUUUCAUAUGGGAUGGUCGGUGCCUUACAGUUUGAGGUCCUCAUGGCAAUUGUUGGCACACACAAGUUCUCCAGUGCUAUUGGAUUAGUUCUUCUGGCAGAAGCAAUAGCUGUCCUUAUUGGACCACCAUCAGCAGGUAAACUUUUGGAUGCAACUGGAAGAUACAUGUUCGUGUUCCUUAUCGCCGGGGUAGAAGUGGUCACGUCUGCCUUAGUUUUAACCUGUGGCAAUUUCUUCUGCAUUAAGAAAAAGCCUGAAGAACCUCAUUGUAUAGAGGAGUCUGCAGAAAUUGGGGAGAUCGAAAAACUAAAAGAUAAAUCGCCCCAGGGUGAGAAGGCAGAACCUGCCGAGGUGGAACAGUUCAUGAAAGAAGCAGAGACUGACAAAAAUGGUGACUUAACUAAUCCAGAAACCAGUGUGUGAAGGAUGACUGGACGCAGAUUUUAUUUAUAGGAUUAGCAUCAGGGCUGUGCCAAUUAUUGAUCACUCCAAACCAAACCACACAUGCAUAAGUCAGAGCAAAAAGUCACCUGACAGCUGAAACUGUUAUAUAUUAUUGUGAACUGUUGUAUCGACCCAUCACGCUUAGAUUUGGCGUCACACAGUUUAGAUUUUAAAGUGUUUUUUUUUUUUUUUGUCCACUGUACAUUUAUUGUUUUAUAUUUAUCAUUUUAUUUAUGACGUCUCUUUAUAAACUUUUAUUUGACAUUUGCAUUUUUGCUGUAUUUGGUAUUGCACUGAGAAAUGAGUAAAUUAUACGUACAUUUAAACAUAUAACUUUUUAAUAAAAGAAAUGUUCUGGA